AGGAAAACAAAAGAUGAACCCCUAUUGCUAACAGAUGAGCUGAAGCAACAGCGAGCGAUGCAAAAGGCAGAAGAAAUUCGUCAGUUUCAGGAGUAUAAGAACAGAGUCCUUAGCUCCAGAAAAACUGAUAGAAAAGAAGAGUUUAAUGAGGUCCUGAACAAGUACACGCAAAUGCAGGACUCCUUAGAUGAAGCCCGACAGAAAAUCUUGGACAUCCGAGAAGAGUACAGACGGAAGAUGCUAGAAGCCCAGCGCCUGAAGUUAGAGGCACAGACAGCUCAGGAGGCAGAGCCAGAAAAGAAAGAGACAGAAAAGAAGGCCCUAGCUCCUGCCAACCAGAAGAAAAAGAAAAAAUAACCAGUACUAUCCUUGUGGCAAUUUCUUCAUCUUCGAAAUAGUUUCUACAUUGCAAUGUGUUAAGAUUUGCAUAAAAUUAGCCACUGAAGUCACUAGAGUUUGAAAUAGUUUGAUUUCAAUAAAACUUCUACCAAAUAUUUAGGUUUCCAUGAAAUCCAUAUUGUGUUCUGAAUUACCUGCAUUUUUAACUGCUUCUAGACCAAGACCAUCCAUGAGCCAGCUGGCUUGUUUAUGUAAGAUUGAGCAAUAUGAAAAAUAGCCAUUGACCUUAAAAGAAAUUUUGUUUUAACUAUAAGGUUUUUAGUAUUAAUAAACAUGCCUUAGAAAACUGUAUUCUUGUCAUAAAAGUUGCACU